CCUCGGCGUCUUGCUUCCUCUUUUUCCAGCGCCUAGUAAUGUACCCGCCGCACCCACCACCAUAUCACUUCUUUUCUCCCACAGUUGCCAGCCGCAAUGACCGCCAGCUCUUCAAUUACCUUGUUCGCGAACCAAGUCAUCAGCCCGGCCGUAAUUGGGUGGCAAUCGUUCAAUCAAGAACCAAUUUAAAGAACCGCGUCGUUUCUGACGACCAUUCUCCCCAAGAAAGUCAGACAACUCCUCUCACAACAAAUCAUGCCUUUCUACAUAAUUGCUUUUCUUCUCCUCGGCGCCGUCCUGCACCUGUGGAGACGGAAGUCGCAUAACAACUCACAGUCUCGAGGACUUCCUUUACCGCCCGGUCCUCCUGGACUACCUUGUCUCGGGAAUUUACUUGAUAUUCCAAUUCACAGGCCCUGGAUCAAGUUCACAGAAUGGAAAACACAGUUUGGCGACCUAUUUUAUAUGAAGGCCUUGGGACGCGGAAUCCUUGUACUCAAUACCAUGGACACGGUCGUCGAUCUAUUGAAUGACAAAGCAAAUCUCUAUUCUGAUAGGCCCACUUUUGUCAUGGUUGGUGAUAUGAUGGGUCUGGAUAACAGCGUACCAAUGCUACCUUAUGGGUCCACUUUUAAACAACACAGGAAAUUGUGUCACAUGUCGCUGAAUCCCGAGACAGUAAAACAGUAUCACAGUCUCCAAGAAGACGCUGUCGCAAUGUAUCUCAGCAGUAUUCUCGAUACCCCCCAUCGUUUCAUCAAACAACUGAGGCUGACUGCGGGGCGUAUCAUUAUGUCCGUAACAUAUGGCAUUUCGGUUCAAACACCAGAAGAUAUUUACAUUACUGAAGCCGAGACUACAAUGGAAAUGAUCGGAAAGUCGACUGUACCAGGAGCCCAUCUUGUGGACUUUGUACCCGCACUUCGAUACAUCCCUUCUUGGGUUCCGUUCAAUAUAAUUCCCAGUAUGGCUGAAUAUGGACGCAAUCUGAUCUGGUCCAUGAUCAGUCGCCCUUUUGAACACGUCAAGCGCGACAUGGCGAGUGGCACUGCUCGUCCAUCGUUUACUCGUACUUGCCUAGAAAACUUCGAAACUGAAAUUUCUGGCUUGUCGAGAGCCGAACAAGACCAUUUGGUGCGCUGGGCGGCAGGCGCAAUGUACGGUGCUGGUGGAGAAAGCACUUAUGCUUCAAUCCUUUCAUUUAUCGUGGCCAUGGCCCUCUUCCCUGAUGUCCAAAGGAAAAUCCAGCAGGAAAUCGAUUCCGUCGUUGGUGCUGACCGCCUUCCUACUGUAAAAGACCGCGCUAGGAUGCCUUAUAUUGAGGCGACCAUGAAAGAAGUACUUCGUUGGAAGCCGGCCCUUCCGUUGAGUAUCGCUCGCAAAACAAACAAGGCGGACUACUACAAAGGCUAUUACAUUCCCGAAGGUACAAUUGUGAUGCCGAAUGUUUGGGCCAUCUCUAUCGACGACAAGAGUGGUAUACCAUCGGCUGAGUUUGCUCCAGAACGACACAUUAAAGAAUGCGUUAGUCACACGGCCACCGACCCUGCUACCUAUGCUUUCGGAUUCGGACGACGAGUGUGUCCAGGUCGUCAUCUCGGCGAGAACAACCUAUUCCUUCUCAUUUCAGGACUAAUGGCCACCGUGAAUAUCGAAAAGCCAAAAGAUCUAAGUGGCCGAGAGCUCCCCUUUGACCCGAGUUAUAAAUCUGGGCUUGUAACAUUUCCUGAGGAUUAUAAAGUGGGAUUUAGUUGCAGGUCAGCCGAAAUUUCUAUGGCCGUAAAGGAGAAAGUGAGCCAGAUAGUCUCAUAACUCUCAUUUAAUGCGUCAAAUGCCUGGUGUAUUACGAGGUUUUGAGCUUCGUGGCAUAGCAAUUACAGUCAGUGGCCAUUUGGUUUCUUGCAUGGAUUCACUUACUACUUGGUUUCUUAUUCUUGCAAGGAUUUCGUAGUAUAUAACGCUGAAUAUCUUGUAGGUAUCCUCCAUGUUGUAUUUGCCAUAGAUAUAAUCUAUUUUGCGUUCGAGAACAGCCUCCCCACGA